AUGGCCAAUCAUUACGAUGACCAAGGUGAAGGCGGGCUUCUACGGCGAAGAAGACCGCGACCCAUCACCGAUUAUGGAUCCUCGAUGGUCCAGUGGAUGAGCCAUCGGAAGCCCGCAUACAAAGGCAGCUACCACUAUGAACAAGAGCGGCCGAGCCAAAGCUAUGUUAUUGACAUGCUACCACCGGCAGCGCGACGGGAUGCGCCAGCCGAGUCGAUCCCAGUGCGACAUCUUCACACGUCGUUAGGCAAAUCGAAAAAGCCCGUGACGGUUGUCCGGUGGAUGCCCGAGGGUCGACGGCUGCUGGCGGGCGUGCACAACGGGGAAUUCAUGCUCUGGAACGGCAUGUCGUUCAACUUUGAAACCGUAACUGCCAUGGGAUCCAGCUCACUACGGGCAGCGGAAUGGUCGAAUCGAAAGGACUGGCUGGUGGCGGCCAACGACGAGGGAACAGUGUAUUAUUUGCAACCGACGCUGAACAACCCGCACCAAUUCAAAGGACACGACGCUCCGAUCCGAGACAUAGCAUUUGCGCCCUCGGACACGAAAUUCGUGACGGCAUCCGACGACAACACGUUGAAAAUCUGGGACUUUACUUCCUCGACCAACGAGUCGACUUUCAAAGAACACGGAUGGGACGUCAAAGCGUGCGACUGGCAUCCGAGUAAAGGAUUAGUAGUGUCUGGAAGCAAAGACCAUAGUGUGAGACUAUGGGAUCCGCGCACCACGCGCAAUCUGACCACGUUACACGGGCAUAAGAACGCCAUCACGGCAACAGUGUUCAGCCGUCUGCGUGACCAGCUACUUGCCACGGCUGGGCGCGAUGGUCAGAUCCGCAUUUUCGAUCUACGUUUGAUGCGCGACGUGGCGAUCCUACGCGGGCACGAGAAGGGUGUCACCACGCUAUCGUGGCAUCCCAUCCACCCGAGCCUGAUCAGCACAGGCGGCGACGACGGCUCUUUACACACGUAUCUCCUUACGGAACCAAAUACCCCAAGCGGCAUUUCUUCAAUCACCACCUCUCCUUAUGCUUCUUCCGACCCCCGCUCUGCGCCGGCGCAGUCCAUCUAUCCAGCACACCGUAUUCCGCAUGCUCACGAGUCAUCCAUCUGGUCUCUAGACUGGCAUCCCCUAGGUCAUAUUCUAGCAUCGGGGUCCAAUGAUCAUUACACUCGAUUCUGGUCUCGAGCCCAGCCAGGUCUGACUACUUGUUUCAAAGACCAGUUCCAUCUUGGCGAAGAAGGCGCCGAGGCCCAGGGGACUUGGGACCGCAAGUUCGGCCGCAGACAGGCCAGAGAACAGGAAGAACAGGAAGCAGAAGACGAAGCAGAGGGUUUGGAAGAUCAGGGAACGAGCAAUGCUGCUGCUGCUGCGGCCGCGGGUGGUGGAUUUUCCAUCCCCGGUCUACCUGGUCUUCCUGGUCUUUCGGGGCCCAACAUGAACGGUACAUCUAGACCACAACAGCAGCAGCAGCAGCAACAGCAACAAAUAUCCUCUGGUGGCGGUCCAGCUGGAAUCACCAACAUUCCUCCACCGCCUUUAUCUCUUAUGCCAGGCCUGGCGGCGGCAGCAGCAGCAGCAGCAUCUGGCCGACCGCAAGGACAACAGCCACCACCUUUCCCACCCGUGCCAGGUAUGGACGCCGAAUCUCUCCAGCGGCUGCUUGCCAUGUCCCAACAACAACAAUCACACCAACCUCAAGGUCAACAACAUCUUCAAGGCUUGCCUCAGGGAAUCGAUUUUUCAAACCUGAAUCUCCCGGCUGGCUUACAAGUACCGCGGCCUAGUGGUGGUGGUCUGCCCGGUCUUGAUUUCUCAGGUGGUGGUGGUGGUGGCGGCAUACCUGGUCUUGGAGGUGCAGGUGCAGGUGCAAGUACAAACGGUGCUGGUGCUGGCGGGAGUGGAAGUGGAAGUGGAGGUUCCGGAAGUGUCCGCAGACGUGCUCCCUUGCCCAGUCAGCAGGAUGGGUUCAAGGCCGAACAGGCAAGAGGGAAUUAUCGCGUCGCUAGAUAA